CCGACGAGGAGGAGGAGGAGGAGCGUGCGCUCGGGCUGCGGAGGGACUGCCCGCUGGCAUCUGCUGCCGUGAUGCUGCCCCACGUGGGGAUAUCCCUCCGGCGCCUGGCCUGGGCCGUGGCCUCCUGCCGGCCAGCCCCCUGGAGACGCAGAGGAAGCAGCGCCCUGCACACGGCCCUGGCCACGUGCUCCGACAGCAGCGCCCCGGUCUUCAGCCGCGCCCCCGCCUUCGGGGACAGGGUCGCCCUCGUCGACCAGCACGGCAGCCACACGUACCAGGACCUGUACUCCCGCAGCCUCCGCCUGUCCCAGGAGAUCUGCCAGCUCCUCACGUGUGCCGACAGGGACCUCCGGGAGGAGAGGGUCUCCCUCCUGUGCUCCAACGACGUGUCCUUCGUGGUGGCGCAGUGGGCCACGUGGAUGAGUGGCGGCAUCGCCGUGCCCCUCUGCAGGAAGCACCCCCGGGCCCAGCUGGAGUACUUCAUCCAGGACGCGCGCAGUGCCCUGGUCCUCGCUGGCCCAGAGCACGUGGAGCUCCUGAGCCCGGUGGUCCAGAAGCUGGGGGUUCCGCUCCUGCCUCUCCCGCCUGCAGUCUACCACGGGGCAGCCGAGGACCCCGGGCAGGGCCGGGUGCCAGAGCGGGACUGGAGAGCCCGGGGCGCCAUGAUCAUCUACACCAGCGGGACUACAGGGAGGCCCAAGGGUGUCCUGAGCACCCAUCGCAACAUCAGGGCGGUGGUGACGGGGCUGGUCCGCGCGUGGGCCUGGACGAAGGACGACGUGAUCCUCCACGUCCUCCCUCUGCACCACGUCCACGGCGUGGUCAACAAACUGCUGUGUCCGCUCUGGGUGGGGGCCACCUGCGUGAUGCUGCCUGAGUUCAGUGCUCAGCUGGUUUGGGAAAAGUUCUUAAGUUCUGAAACCCCAAGGAUUAACGUGUUUAUGGCCGUGCCGACCAUAUACAGCAAGCUGAUGGAGUACUCCGACAAACACUUCACCCAGCCUCGUGUCCGCGAUUUCGUGCGUGCAGUUUGUGAAGAAAAAAUCAGGCUGAUGGUCUCAGGCUCGGCCGCACUGCCCCUGCCCGUGCUGGAGAAGUGGAAAGGCGUCACCGGCCACACGCUGCUGGAGAGGUACGGGAUGACGGAGAUCGGCAUGGCCUUGUCCAACCCCCUGACUGCAGCGCGCCUGCCAGGCUCUGUGGGGACCCCGCUGCCCGGCGUUGAGGUGCGCAUUGUGUCAGAAAACCCGCAGAAGGACGGCUACCCCUACGUCGUCCACGCAGAGGGAAACGAGGAGGACACCAAGGUGACCCCAGGGUUCGAGGAGAAGGAAGGGGAGCUCCAGGUCAGGGGAACCUCCGUGUUCCGGGAAUACUGGGACAAGCCAGAGGAAACGAAAACCGCCUUCACUUCGGAUGGCUGGUUCAAAACAGGUGACACGGCCGUGUUCAAGGACGGCAGCUACUGGAUCCGCGGCCGCACGUCCGUGGACAUCAUCAAGACCGGCGGCUACAAGGUCAGCGCCCUGGAGGUGGAGCGGCUCCUGCUGGCCCAUCCCAGCAUCACGGACGUGGCUGUGAUCGGAGUUCCAGACAUGACGUGGGGCCAGCGGGUCACCGCCGUGGUGACCCUUCAAGAGGGACACUCGCUGUCCCACAGGGAGCUCAAAGAGUGGGCCAGAGGCGUCCUGGCCCCGUACGCAGUGCCCUCGGAGCUCCUGCUGGUGGAGGAGAUCCCGCGGAACCAGAUGGGGAAGGUGAACAAGCGUGACCUCGUCAGGCAGCUCUACCCGCGCCACCAGGGCGCCCCCGAGGCCGGGCACCCGUGAGCCAGCCUCCCGCCUGCCCACGCCUGACUGGAAGGACACCGCCCCGUGCCCUCUGCCCCGGCCUCGCGGCCACAAUCACACCGCACAGCCCUGUGUGCUCAGCAGCGCCACCCCCGGGUCCCUGUGGGUCCCGAGGUGUCCCUGGGGAAGCAGGUCCCCCCCCCACCCCCGGAAACUCAAUGAAGGCUCCUCAGAGAAGCAGACGCCUGUCCUGUGCUGCUGCCUGGGCCUGUGUGGCACCCGUCCAUGGCACAGGGAGGGCACGGUCUGCACACGUGGCGCGUGGGGCGGCGGUCAUUCCAGUGGACGCGGACAACGGGCCUGGGCACCUGGGGAGGGCGUUUCCCACCACGCGAGCACGUGGCUGUGGGGUGUCUGGCACCCGUGGCCCUGGAGGAGGCCGACCAGGUCUUCAGGGCCAGGGACGCACCUCGUGUGAGCGGAGGGCGGGGAGGCAGAGUGCCUGACCCUCGGCCGCCAGGGCGGACCUCCUAGACCAGGGGUCGGCACGCUCGGACGGGCCAGGGGGUCCCUGUUGCCUGUCGCGGCGGCAGCCCACGUCUCACCGACCUCACACAGAGUCCACAGUGCUCAGGAGCCAGAGGCCGACCCCGAGUGGCCCCGCAGCUGCUCUCCCUGACCCCUGACCCUUGACCCCGCCCCACCCUUGUGCUUCUCCCUCCGCGACAGCCCCUGCUCCCUUCCAUCUUUGUCCAGAGUCUCCCUCUCUUUCCUAGACCCCCCACCGGCCCCUGCUGCCCGGCCCCCAGGUCCCCAGCCAGGGGCAGGUGUGCCCUGGGAGGCCCAGGUGUCACGGGGAGGCUGGGUGGGAGCCGGGACAGCGCCGAGGCCCCGGUGGGCAGCGCGUGGGGGCCGGGGCCCCUCCCCCACCCUGGGCGUGUGGCCUGUGACUGCCGGAGGCCGGCCCCCGGCCCGGCGUUUGCUUGGAAGACCAUCCACCCCAGCGCCCUCCUGCCUGAGGCCUGGACACGUGCUGGUCACCCGCCGGUGCUGCAGGCCAGCCUCGCGGGGCGGCGCUGGACACUCUGGCUCCCCUGUCCUCCUGUCCUCCUGUCCCAGGGCCUGGGCCCUACGAGUCCUGGGAAGGCUCAGCUCCCAAGUCACCGGCUCUUUACUUCAUCCCACUGGUUUGACGGUGUCUUAACGCUGAAAAUCUGAUUCCAGGAACGUUCACGUCAUCAUCUGCUUUCUGCUGUCCUCUGUACCAAGUACUUUCUGAAAAAUAACGGUCAUCUUCGACAAAAAACAAGAGCAGGCUGUGACGCCGACAGGCCCUGAGACCACUUCCAUCAGGACGCAGCGUGUGGCCUGGCCCCUGCCCGCCCCACCUCCCCGGGGCGGCCCCCGCCCUCAGGCCAGGGUCCUCCUCUGCUGCUCUUCACAGGCGGUCCAUCCCAGCCUCGCAGGGGCCCUGGUCUGGCCCUGGCGACGGGCAGAGCCCUGCUUGCUAAGCCAGCGUGACUGAGGGUCCCAAGGCUUCCGGAAAGUUCCUCCUGGCUGGAAAUGCCUCAGCCUGGCGGCUCCUUGUUGCUCUGCGGUCAGCUCCCAAGCCGAAGCCGUAGGUGGGCACCCGGGGGCUCCGUUAAGCUUGUUGUGCUUGGAUCUCUCUAGGAGGGGCCCCUGGGCACAGCGCGAGGCCGCAGGAGGAACAGGGCGCCUGGUGGGAGCUGCUCCAGAGAAGUCGCCUCCUCGGAGCGGAGGGAAGGCCUGCGGUGGAGGGUCCGCACCUGCCACGUCCCUGCCUCUGGACACGUCCCUGCAGGGCGUCAAGGGCUCUGCCGCCCUCUGCGUGCGUUUGCUCCUCAGGCUUCCGCAUCCACGUGGGAUGCUCGGAGGGUGGCCCAGGAGAGGAGCGGCCCCUGCCCUGGUCUCCCUGUUCUGUGGCGUGAGGCUGCUGCCCUCUCGGGGCUCUGACUGAGGACAGGGGCCUUUGCUCCCCACGGGAGUCAAGGUGCACAGCUGCCUGCUGGACCCGGUGCCGUGGGGCGCAGAGCCCAGGGAGGGCGCGGCGAGGAGGAGGGGGCGGCCCUGGCCCCGCGGGCACCGGCAGCCCGUCUCCGGGAGGCCCGGUCCAGUCUCCCCAGACAGAGAGCCCACCCCUGAGCUGCUCAGGAGCGUGGAAGCCACAACUGCAGGCUGUCCCGAGGGAGCCGGCCCCGCCCCUGCCUCUGGUCCCACAGCCGCCUUCGGGUGCUGGGACCCCCUGAGGAGCCCAGGGUUGUCCAUGUCCGGCCCCCGCGCAGGCCCACGGUCACCCGGGGCCCCAACAGUGGGGAGGGGCGGCCGCGUGAUAGCGUGCAGCCUUUAGCAGCAGCCGUUACCCGGCACCGGUCACGGCGAGACCCGACCGCGAACCCCGGAUGGUUAGAGCACGGGUAGCGGCCCGUUCAGCCAGCAGUCGGCGGGUGGGUGGUCCUCCAGAGGCCUUCUCCCUGGGGGCCCCCCAGCCUCAGGCCAGUGGGUGAGCAGGGGGCCGGGCACAGGCUGGGGCGGUGUCCUGCAGGGCUCCAGGCCCUCCCACGGUGGCCCUCUCCUGCGUCCCCACCUCCACGACCGAGUGGCAGUGGCGGUCUGCAUGGGGCUCAGCCCGCGGCACCUGGCCCCCACCCCCCCCCGUGUGGGUGGCCUGAGGAGCCUGAGGGCCACUUGGGUCCUGGAUGCCUGGCUCCCUCAGUGAGGACGGCUGGGCAGAGUCUGGGACCUGGCCCUGAGGCACCAGCAGCUGAGAGCUGCGUCUUCAGCCAGGCCUGGGCACGGGCGGGAGGACCAGACUGGGUGCUGGAGGAACGCUCCGGGGCGGGGUAACCGCCCCCCCUCCCCCUGCAGGGACCCCCUCCUCUAUAGCCAGGCCUGGACCUCGGAGGGUGAGAGCUGUGCUUGGGACCUUCCCUUCUGCUCGUCAGAACAGAGAAUAAAAUUCGUUUGGUGGAGAUUUAUUGGAACGUCAUCACCUAACGGUGACCCGACCCGACUCGAGAACAAAGGAUCUGACACCUGGAACUAACCACGCCCCUCCCGCACCUUUCCAGUAAAAGGGCUUUGCUGAAACCCUUCAGGGAGUUCCGGGGUCUUGUAGGGCAUGCGCCCGGCUCCUUGCCUGGCCCUGCAGUACGUCUUUCUCUGCCUCACACUCCGACGUUUGGUAUUGUGGCCUCAGGGUACAGCGGGCACAUGGACUUGCUGGGUAAGAGGAGGGCAGAGUCAGAGGACAGUGGCAGGAGGUUGGCUCUGCGUCCUUCCCCAUUGCGAGCAGCCUGGCUGACUCCAGGUACACUCCUGCCGUGUGGUCUGCAGGACUGCUCAGGGGGCUGCUGCGGGUGGAGAGCAGCUCAUUUACUUCCUCCUCCUUCCUUUCAUGUCGGGAAAGGAUGAGCGGGUUAGACAGGUGUGGUGUGCAUUCAGGAGAGCGUACGUCAGGAGUUAGUUUCAAUUGCCUGGUCUCAUUCCCACAGUUAGGUUCUUUUAAGGUUAGACGGGACAGAAAUGGGCAGACAGGAAAGGGGGAAAGAGCGGGUUUCAGUGUGCCAAACGUGGAAGACUGAAUCCCAACACACUCCUCGUAGGGCCCUGGAUGUGGGGUUGGGCCCGGCUUACUUAAGGCUCAGGAGGACGGGCAACAGCCUCAAGGCCACAGCCUCCUCUGGCCGGGCUGUCUUUAGUUGUUGGCAGAAAUUGGUCUGUUGAGAAACCAAGCAUCACACUCGGAGGGUUGGAGAACUCAGGUUUAUUAAGCCGGUGGCUCCAGACGAGCUAAGGCUCCAACUUUCUGGAUGCCGAGCUCAGGGUGAGCUUUACUUUUAUAGUGCACAUGUUUACAGAGCAUGGACGGUUCCAAACAGAAACUUACAAGAGCAGGUGCAGAACGCAAAACAUCUUAAAGUUACAUUGGAUUGUUAGGUCAUCCUGUUUUCUCCAGGCAGCAAGCAUAUUUCACAAAAGCAAAACAAGCAUGGAGUUAUUUUUAGCCGAGUGUAAGUUUCUAACUUUCCUCUUCAUGGUGGCGGAUUUGGGCUCUUCAGUGGUUACUGGUUUAUUCAAAGUUUACUUCCGUUUGAUGACCUGAAUCUCCUGUAGAAGCUGCGCUGCAUCCAGGUUUCAGGUUUAGUAGCCAAGUCACUCAUUAAUCUUGUCUGCGUCUCAUUAAUCUCAUUUGCUUUCUUUAGCUUCUUUUCUCCUGGUGGCUUCUCCACCCUCACGGGCUCCCACCUGGCUGUGCCCCCGACGCCCAUCUGGGCGCCCCCCUCCCCACCCGGCUCCAGACUCGGGGCCGUUUCUGUUUUGAUUUAAUCUCUUAAGCCGUGAGUGAAUGAUUGGAGCACGUCGUCUGUUCACCGGUUCCCCGCUGGUCUCUGUCGUGACCCCAGGACAGGGGCCAUGGGGGUCCAGGGCUUUGAAAUUCGAGGCUCCUCCCAAGAGAAGCUUGUCCUCCUUCACGAGGCACCGCCGCCUCCUGCGCGCCAUCACGGGGCGCCCAGGCCCGGCCGUGUCCGUUACUGUGUGUUAUCCUGCAUUCUUAGUCUCUCUCAGCAUUCCUGCGUGAGUGUUCCCGUUAGACCACAUGUGCUGUGAGGUCAGUCAGCUGUGGGCUUCUGGGCUGGUGUUUAAACGGUCCGUGCCUGGGUACCUCCUUCCCCCCCCUGCCCCCCGCAGCGGCUUCACUGUCUCCCGUGAGCAGCACGGCUGGACCUGGCGUUCGUAACUCCAGGCUCCCCUGUAGUGAGCGCCUGUCUUUGGACUUAUUUCUACAAUCCCCCCCCACCACCACUGUGUGCGUUUUCUGCUACCGCCUUAGGGAUGUGGGCUUUGUUGCUUUGCCUUCUCUUUUGUUGUAUUCAUAAACGUCUCGACUUUCUUCUCUUUGCUUAUUUCUGUUUUUUGAGUGCCGUUAGAACGUUUGGAUACUUGCUAUAAAGUCUAGGCUCUCCACAGCUGUGCAGCCUGGGCUCCCCCCCACGGCUGUGACCUCCUCCCAAUACCUGCCCCCUGCCAUCUUUUUUUUCCUUUUAAUCUUUAAUUUUUUUCUGGUCGCACUGCGCAGCAUGUGGGAUCUUAGCUCCCCGACCAGGGAGCGAACCAGCAGCCUCUGCAUCGAGAGUGCCGCGUCUUAACCGUGGACCACAGGGGAGGUUCCCCCUCUGCCAUCUUUAUAUGUUUCUGUAACGUUUCAGUUUUGUUUUGUUUUGGGCACAAAAAUUAAUAGGCUUUGAUUUCACAAUCAUUAAA